ACAAAUACACAGAUUAUCCAAAAAUUUUGUUUCUAAAUCGUGUACCUAGUUUUUCUUACUGUUUGUUCGUGGUUUUCGAUUUGAAGCUUAUUCCAGCCAGGAUUGUUUACAGCGGGGACUGGCUUCUGUGGCAGCUCGGACCACAUGGUGGUGACAGAUAAAUGCGCUAAACAAACAAAAUCCGAAAACGACCGAAAUCCAAUCUGAAUCAAAAGGGCAGUGGGACUUAACCCCAGAGUCAGGACAGAUGUUGCUGUUCCCCUACGAUCGGGAAAUUAGUGAACAUGGCCCACAGCCAAUGGUUAUUGAUGGUCCGAGUAGAGGAAAUCACUGUUGAAGCAUCGAGGAACCGAGAGCGAGACCGAGACCCAAAGAAAUAUUAAACAAAUUUUGAGCAGCAGCGCGAUUGUGGGGCAAUAAAAUUGGCCAUAAAAACAUAGUUCAAACCGCGCGGCGAAUAAUAAAAGAGCAAAACUAAUAUUUGACAAACUGUCAGCGAAGUCACUCGAAAGUAAAAUUGUGAACAUUUGCAAAAAGUCGGUGGGUAGCACUACCCAGAGAAAAUCCCAAACGUUUGCACUCGUUGCGUAUACGCCGUGUUGGCAGUUUUGCAUUUUCCAGGAGGUGUUAAAUGCGUUCGCUAGUCUCAGCUGGAGCUGCAGCUCCUCCGACCACAGUCCAGCUCGAAUCCCCCACUGGAAAGUACCAGUAAAGGCCAGUAAAAGUACCAAGCUGUGCACUAUUUCCGCGUAACUGAACAUUAUCGCUCUCACUCCCUCGCGGGAGGGGAUGCGCUCCUGGAAAAGUCGCAGUCGAUCCAAAAUGCAAACACUCGAAACGAGAACGCGGCUCCUGCAGGGCGCUCAGCUCACCCAGCUGCUCCUCGGUGCCAUCCUCUGCCUCACAAUCGCAUCGCACACACAGACGUCGGCGGAGGCGGCAGGCGGGAGGGCAUCUGGACCAGGAGCAGAAACAUCAGAAGGAGCAGGGACAUCGUCGGCAUCGGCAGCCUCCACGGCCAUCAGCUCCGAUGAGAGCGGCGACCCAUCAUCGGCGACCGCGUUCUCCAGCUUGGCUCAAGUGUCCUCGCUUCUGCCGGAGGCAUCCGCACUGUCGGCGACAUCGGGACUCGUGGAGCCCUAUCUGGAUGGCUACGCCACUUCCAAUGUGACCACUCAGAUCGGGACACACGCGUAUCUGCCCUGUCGGGUCAAACAGCUGGGCAACAAAUCUGUGUCCUGGAUUCGUCUGCGAGAUGGACACAUCUUGACCGUUGACAGGGCCGUCUUCAUAGCCGACCAGCGAUUCCUGGCCAUCAAGCAGCCGGACAAGUACUGGACCCUGCAGAUCAAGUACGUCCAGGCCCGGGACGCCGGCUCCUACGAGUGCCAGGUCUCCACGGAGCCCAAAGUCAGUGCCCGUGUCCAGCUGCAAGUUGUGGUUCCCCGCACGGAGAUCCUGGGAGAGCCGGACCGCUACGUGAAGGCAGGCAGCAACGUGGUGCUCCGCUGCAUCGUGCGCGGCGCCUUGGAGCCGCCCACGUUCAUCAUGUGGUACCAUGGCGCCGAGCAGCUGGCGGCCGACUCCCGGCGCCACCGCACGCAACUGGAUCCCAAUCUGCCGGAGGCCUCCGGCGAAGGGCAGAGCACGAUUGGCUCAUUAAUCAUCGAGUCGGCCAAGAAGCGCGAUACUGGCAAUUACACAUGUAGCCCGUCGAAUAGCCCCAGUGCGACCGUAACGCUGAACAUAAUAAAUGGCGAAUCGUCGGCUUCAGCGGUCACCUCCUCGGCAGCCACCACCCGGGCCUACGCCCUCAGCAUCCUGGCGCUCCUGCUCAGCGUCAUUCUCAUCGGAGUGGGCCACCGCACAUGACAUGUCACUGCCAGCGAGCCAAACUGAAUGGCCAGAGCAAUAGCUGCUACUAGACAGUGAGAAGAUGGGAAACCCAACACUCUGCCAACGUAAAAGUAAAAAUUAAAAACCAAAUUAAUUUGAUAGGCCCAAAUAGCAAAAGCGAGAAGAAAAGAGAGAUAACACGUAAUAACCGAGUGCAUGUUGUAAGCUAGUUGAUUUUAUCCACUAAAUAAUAACCAAUACAUAUAGAGGAUGAGUCCGUAUCCCAGAAAAAGACAGGCAGUUUCGAGAACCUCGAGUCCCAGCUAAUCGUAAGUUCUACCGGCUCUAAGCGAACUAGUUAGUAAGCCCCUAGUCCUAAGCAGACUCCUAACUGAAUUGGUUACGUAGUUUUGUUUAGGUAUUUCAUCUCGGUUCAGUUUGGUUCGGUUGCGCGAGUGGCGGGGUCUAUGUUUUGUGGAAAAUACCGAGUAAGUUUGCAUAAAUGAAUAACAGUAAAUAUUUAUGCAGUCCGAUGUGAAAUUGCAUCGAUAUCCUGAAACCAUUUAGACCGCAUGGGCGAGCUGGGCAGGAAGAGGGAUCGGGAUCUGGGAAAUUCCAGCCAUCAAACAAAUGCGUUUUUGGAAAAAUGCAACUCGAAUGCAUUUGCAUGGCAAUUUGAGUCUGGAACAACAUUUGCAAUCUCCUUCCUAUGUGGCGACAUGCUGAACUUUUCAAUUAGCCAUAUCUGCCGCACUCCUCGCACAGUUUUCCUCCUCCUCUCUCACUCUCUAUUGCUCUCUCACUCACUCACGGAUGCCGGACAGUUUUGAAUAUUUAUUAUUUUUAGCAAAUACUAGACUCUGGGCGGUGACCUCGUUUCUGGUCAGAGGAAAGGAAACUUAUUUCGCCAAUAAAUUUGAAAAAUUGAAUAGGUCGUCGCAGAGAUCGUAGAAGUUCUGAAAGAUUUCCAAGGAGUUUAUUUAGCAUUAUCUUUGGCAAACAUAACACCCACAUAUUCGUACUCACGAUGUAUCUGCCACAUCGCAAACAUUUGCAUAGCCAAUUUAUGGAACUCUAUUUUAUGUGCUCUUAUCUCACGAACAAGCUCGAAACAUGCGGGAAAAAGCAAAAUUCAUAAAGUAAAUAUUGCGUAAGAACAAAAAAUUAUAGCAAAUACACUCAUUGAUCGGAAUGGACGAAAUGGGCGUCCAGCAAGCAAAAACAAUUUAAUUGAUAACGAAAGUAAAUUUAUUGAAUUCAGCGGACUGAAUCGUGAACUGUAUAUAACUCCAUUGCGAAAUCGUUCAGCAAAAUGUAAAUUAAUUAAAUAUACAAAUAAUAUAAAUGGCAGAAUCCAACCAGAGACGUAUUCCAAACACUAAUGAAUUGCAUUUAAACGAUACAAAUAAAUACAUAAAAUAAAUAAACAAAUAGCGGCAGGCAGGAGACAAAGGCGCAAGGCGGCCAAAGAAAUAAAUAAAACGAAUCAAACGGACAAAAUGUAAACAUCGUGUGCAUCGCCAACCCGCAGGCCCGGCUCGUAUUUAUUUAUCCACUUAACGUCCUUUUUAAUUACACACACUCCCCCGAUCCACGGCAAAUCCCAUAAAAAUCGUCUGAAAUUAAUUAAAGUUGUCUCUGCUCCUGAAUUUGUAUGUACGUGGAAAGUGAGGCUGCAGCGUCAACUUAAUUGCAAUUAGGUGCAGACCCACUCCCACUCAAACAAUGCCCUCAAAGCGGCAUUAAUUAUGUGUGCGAUUGUCCCAAGGCUGCGUCGGCUGUCACCGCGUAUGCCCUGCGUAUACUUGAUGUGCCCGCCUUUGAGCGCUUAACAAAUUGAUCCCGGGCCAAGUUAACCGCAAGCAGCUGUGAGCCAACACAAACACGCUCCGCAGACGGGUGAGAAAAAGCCACGGAAAUAAAUUUCUGCGGUCAAUAUUACAGCGGGCGGGCAGGUGGGGGUUAAUUUAACAGGGAUUCUUUUCACGGGUGUGGACAAUUAACACAUUCCGGCUUGCAUGCAUCAAAUGCUCGCGGUCUGCGGCUAACCACCUUUGAGCCACCCAAUCCUUUUCACACCCACACAUCCGAGUAGCGCCCAACCCUGACACUUAUAUUCAGCCUCUUAUUUUUCAGCCAUAAAGCCACCAACAGGCCAUUGGACAGCCCACUAAACUGAAUGUUGAACAAUGAAAGUUUGUUAGACCUAAGCGGCGUAUAUGACCAUAGCAAGUACUAUACAAAUCGAAAUCAAAAUACAUUUCUAAGCUCUUAAGUGUUUUUCAUCAACUCGAUUUACGUGUAGACUCCAUUCAUGUAAUUAUCAACAACCGACUAUUUGUAAAUAAAUAUCAUUACACGCAAAGGUCCCAAAUUUGCAAAGGUGUGGACGUUACUUUUAAAGAUAUACACUGGAAGACACUUGUACUCAUGAUAUAGCAAAGUUUAUUGUUAAGUACCGACUAAUAACAAAAAUACUUACACAUAUAAAUAUGUAAACGAAACUAAGAACUAUGUGAAC